AUGGCUGCGCAAUCACUUAACUCAGAGCUCAAAAAUCAAAAGUCUGCACUUGUCACCUUGAGACAGAGAGAAGGAAUUGCAACUGUAAUGGUUGCCUCUCUUGAGGAUGAUUUAAAGAACAUCACAUUAGAUUUGGGUGUAGUGCAGAUGAAGGAAAAAGACGCGAGAGAAAAUAUGACUACCGUGGCGGAUCUUCCAAAGAAACUGCAAGAAGCAACCCAGGCGAAGUUACUUGCUGAGACUGCUAACAAAGAAUUGCAGAAGGCAAGGAAAGAAGUCGAUGAAGUGAAGGCAAGUUCAAAUACCAUGAAGAGUAGAAUGAUUGCAGUUCAGAGGGAGAUAGAGGCUUCCAAGGAAUCAGAGAGGCUGGCCUUAGAGGCAGUCAAGGCAUUGCAGCAGAGUCAGUUGGCAGCUGCCACAAAUUCUGGUGAUGGCAACUUUACCAUUUCCACGGUGACGCUUUCUAUAGAGGAAUACUACACACUGAGCAAACAGACUUAUGAAGCAGAAGAAAGAGCAAGGAGAAAAGUUGAAGCUGCUGUUUCCCAAAUAGAAUUCGCCAAGGAAUCUGAACUAAGAACCCUGGCAAAACUAGAAGAAGUGAAUAGAGAGAUAAGUUUAAAGAAGGAGGAAUUGAAAAAUGCAAUGAGAGAGGCUGAAAAGGCUGAGGGGGGAAAACUGAGCAUGGAGCAGAAGUUAAGACAAUGGAGGGCGCAACAAGAGCAACAACGAAGAAACGGUGAUGAUGAUCAAGAAAUCGCGAGAAGCCUUUCAACAACUGCUGCUGCCGAUAAAAAUGCUACUUCAAUCCUAGCUGUGCUGGACAAAAGUAAUAGUGUGGCUGGAAGUGAGACAGGUACGGACUCUUCCCCAGACAAAGAAGGAAGGAAAAAGAAGAAGAAAAGACUGUUUCCACGAAUUAUGAUGUUUUUUUCCAAAAAGAAUACUCUUACACCAGAAUCUUCAGUUUUAUAA